UCUAUAAAUAGCCCAUUCAAACAGGAUUGCGAAACCGGUUUGUGUUUUCAUAUAUUAGCUAUGCGUUUUAACGUUAAGUGCUAAUAAUUGAAUGGCGUGUAUCGUGUGAACAGACACGUUUAUUUCUUCGUUGAAGGCGUAAAAAAGGACAGAAAGUGUUCAUACUUAGAGUUAAAUAAAUGAUAAAUUAGAUUACAACCAUUGUAAAGUUAAACCAUGAAGGGACUUAGUGUAUUGAUAGUGGUUCUGUGCGUCUGCCUAUCCUUGGUUUCGCCUUCGUUUGGUAGACGUCGCUUCACCAGGAAACCACGACCAACGACAUUGAGUAGACGUCGUACCACCACGACAACACCACAAACAACAAUGACAACGCCACCCGUACCUCGCGGCGCAUGUGUAGUGGAUGGAAAUAUAUACGAUGAAGGUGCCACAAUCAGUAGGGAUUCAGAGAAUUGCCACGGAAGUGUCUGCAUGGGAGGCUCUGUCACCUUUUGGGAUGACAGGUGUUUUCUCAACGGUCAGCCGGACUGCGACGGUCAACUAGUGGACAUCCCGGGCAAGUGCUGCCACGAGUGUGUCACCACCACAUCGCCACCUACGACGUCACCUACAACCAUACCGGAAAUUCUCACAGGAGCUUGUCUUGUCAACGGCCUCUCAUACAUGGACGGUGAGAUAAUUCAUCGAGACCCGGAGAACUGUCACUUCAGUAGAUGCAGCGGUGGCAACGUCGAGUAUGAAAACGAUAGGUGUUUCCUGAUUGGUCAGCCGCACUGCGAUGGCCAGCUGGUUGAUAUCCCGGGUCAGUGUUGUCACGAAUGUCGCGAGUACACCACCACAACAACGUCUACAACCACAUCUACACCGAGUGUACCUCCUGGAGCGUGUAUAGUUGACGGACACGUAUACAUGAACGGUGCCAUAAUCAGUGGGGAUGCAGAGCAUUGCGCCGAUCUUAUUUGCGUGAACGGCUGGUUGGCGUAUAGGGAUGACAGGUGUAUGCUCGGUGGUCAGCCAGACUGCCCCAAUGGUCAUCUCGUGGACAUUCCCGGUCAGUGCUGCCACGAAUGUAUCGAGGACAUUACCACAACAACGUCUACAACCACAUCUUCUGCCUCAUCACAUCUUCAGCCUUCUGCGAUUGUCGGCUGAACAGACAAAAAGUGACAUCAAUAAUAACUUUGGUUUUAUCUUCAAACGCAGGAGCGUCCCAUUCUUAAAGACAAUUAUUUACAGAUAAUUAUUUUUGACGUCGUUACUUUAGAUACUUUUAAACGUCGGUAAUGUGUUUGCAUUUUUAACUUAAGUAAUAUAAGACGAAAGACACCAUUAAUAAAAACAAAACAAAAUCAAAA